AGUAGCCAGGUCAACAAUAUGUAUGAGAGGUGUUUAAAAGCCGGCAGAGAGAGAGCAGACUUUACCUCAUUACGUCCGUUUCUUUAAACCUGACUCGUUGUUGUUGUAGUGAGUUAGAGUCCGCUUCCUUUGAUUAGCAGCAAAGCUAACAAGCUAACCCGGGUUAAAGCUGUCAACAACAAACAAACAAUGGUUGUCAAUAAAGCCAAAGUCGCCGUGGGGUUCGUGGUCGCAGGUGUGCUCACCGUGUUUUUUGGGACGCUUCUGACUUUCGUGGGUCCGAUAAUCAUCGACGACCAGAUCGUGAAGAACACGGUGAUCGACCCCAAAAACGAGAUGUCCUACACCAUGUGGAAGGACGUCCCCGUGCCGUUCUACAUGUCCGUCUACUUCUUCAACGUCCUGAACCCCCAAGAGAUCCUGAGCGGAGAGAAGCCCAUGGUGGAGCAGAGGGGACCUUAUGUGUACAGAAAGCGCAUCCAGAAAGACAACAUCACGUUCCACCCCAACAACACGGUGUCCUACAAGGAGUACAGGCGGUACUUCUUCGAGCCGACCAUGUCUGUAGGGAGCGAGUCCGACGUCGUCACCAUCCCCAACAUGUUGGUCCUGGGCGCCGCAGUGAUGAUGGAAAACUUGCCGUUCGCCGUGCGUUUGAUGAUCAGCGCCACCUUCAAGACCUUCAAAGAGGGGCCCUUCCUGACCAAGACCGUCGGGGAGCUGAUGUGGGGCUACGACAGCGGGCUGGUCGAUUUCCUCAACAAAUACCUGCCGGGCAUGCUGCCGUCCUCGGGGAAGUUCGGCCUCUUCGCUGACUUCAACAACUCCAACACCGGCCUGUUCACCAUCAACACGGGAAAAGACGACAUCAGGAAAGUCCACAAAGUCGACUCGUGGAACGGCCUGACCAAGCUGCCCUACUGGAAGACGCCUCAGUGUAACAUGAUCAACGGCACAGCUGGACAGAUGUGGCCUCCCUUUAUGACCAAGGAGAGCACUCUACCUUUCUACAGCCCCGACGCCUGCAGAUCUAUGGAGCUCGUCUACCAGCGCCCGGGCGAGAUGAAGGGGAUCCCUCUGUAUCGAUAUGUCGCACCCAAGACCUUGUUUGCAAACGGGACCGAUUACGCUCCCAAUGAAGGCUUCUGUCCCUGCAGGCAGUCCGGUCUGCUGAACGUCAGCAGCUGCCGCCACAACUCUCCGGUCUUCAUCUCUCAUCCUCACUUCUUCAACGCUGAUCCGGUCCUGCUGGACUACGUGAACGGCCUGAGUCCAAGUGAGGAUGAGCACGGCCUCUUCAUCGACAUUCACCCAGAAACAGGCGUCCCUCUGAACGUCUCCAUCCGCCUGCAGCUCAACCUCUACAUGAAGAAGGUGUCGGCCAUCACAGAAACUGGCAAGAUUUCUGAGGUGGUGAUGCCAAUGAUUUGGUUUGAGGAGAGCGGUUAUAUAGACGGCCCCAUCCUCACCACGUUCCACACAAACCUGGUCAUUCUUCCCGCUGUGAUGGAGUACAUGCAGUACGGAUUCAUCGCCCUCGGCCUGGCGACGAUACUCAUCGCCUCCCUGGUGUAUCACAAAGUGAAGAAGUCUCAGAGAGAAGCUGCAAAAAUCUCCACAGUGGUGUGCAACCCUGGGGCCUCUGAAAAAGAGCUUAAAGACUCAUAUGACCACGAAAAAAAGGAGAAAUGUUUCAUGAAUAAUUCAGAGAAGUAAAAGAGACGGUGAUGCUGCACCCGCUGGAAACAGGAGCACUACACCCGAAGACCAAGACCCUCUACUGCAAGACGACACGGACUGACACUCACAUUAACACACACACACACACACACACACACACACACACACACACACACACACACACACACACACACACAGUUGGCGUGUGGACUCAUCAACAUGUUUUUGAGUAUGUUGAACUGAAACACUGUGACACGAUGCUCCUCCCCUUGCUGUGCUUCCACAUUUUACCGUACUGUAGAGUUUAUGAAACCCUUACCUGAAGAAGAAUCAUGUUUUGUUUUGAACAUGUUUUUCUGUCCAGGCUCUCGGCGUUGAGACUUCCUGUCCCGGUGAAGACGCUCCAAAACUAAGAACCACUUUUUUUGUAUAAAGACAUGCCAAACCCACUUCCUCCAUUAAAGCAGUUUUGUGUUUCUUUUGUUCUGAUAGCACAGGGUUAGGUGCUAGUUAGGGUUAGUACUCAACAGUUCUGGACAGUGUUUUCUCCAGGAGCAGUAUUAGACAGUUACAAGGGAACAUGAAGGUCUACUGACUGCCACUUUAAGACCAAAGUGCCUUUUUUGUAAGGGGGGAAACAUUUCUUCGUCUGAAUAACUUAUGUGCAAUCAGGAUCACAAACCUCCUCAGACGACCACUGAGUCAGACAGAGCGGACGCACUCCUCUUUGUGAACUACUGUCCUCUGCAACGUGUGAAUGUAUGAACGUGACUGAAAUCAUUAAGUGUCAAAUAAUUAAGAAAAGAUUGGAGGUAAUAAAUGUGUUUAAAAUGA